AUGAUGUCCCCCAUGACCGCCGCCGGCGAGGAGCGGCUGCGCCAGGCGCGCGCGUGCAUCCGCAAGACGUUCGGACCAGGCGGCGCCGGUCGCCGCACCAAGCGCGCGCUGGAGAUGCCCGCGGCCCCUCCCACGCCCGCCAAGACGCCGCGCACCAAGAUGCGCCAGCGCAUCGCGCAGGCCUCGCAGCUCAGCGCGGAGCAGCUCUUCUUCCAGGAGUUCGGCAGCUGCGACGAGCUCAUCAACACGGAGUUCGACCUGGCUCGGCCGGUGGGCCACCCCCAGACGACAGGGGCCCCCACCAGCUACUUCAGCUUCAACGCGACCUCGACGUCCUUCACCAGCUCGCUGCCUGCACCUUCCACUGCUACGCUGAGUCAGCUGGCACGACCUUCGCGUAUCCGCACGCCCCGCAAGGCGGCGAUCAAGAGAGGACGUGCAGGAGAAAGCAGCGCUGAGAAGGAGCUUGUGCUGAGGAAGCCGAGACUCGGUGAGCCCGCGGCAGCGAGAGGCAUCAACUACUCUAGCUCAGCAGCAGGCUCGACGUUCGGUGCUCAGGCCAUCCCAGCGCGCAAGUCGCUGGCUUUUGUCACCACGCGAGCAGACCACGUGACGCAGCCCAGUGGACCCAACAGGUUCUACUCGAGGGCGUCACCGAGCAAGUUCCAGUUCUCGUCCAACGCGACGCGUCUGUUCUCACAGCGGCAGGCGCCGCUGCGGUAA